CUAUUGGCUCGAGGGUCUGCGGUCUCCUCUGGAAACGCAAGUCGUGGCUCCGUACCCCGGACAUUGACGUCGAUACCGGCCGCCGUGAGCUGGACUGGGACUACAUCAAUGCCCAGCGUGCCGAGAUGGAGUCGUGGCCGCUGUGGAGGAAGUGGUUCAACAAGAUCUUUUAAGAGCGUUCUAACUCUGCAUUUGCAUACCAUAAUUGCAUGUCUUCCUGUCUCUGUCCAUCAUGUAGCGGCGCGCAGUCGAUGACGGGUUCGGUUGCGGCCGAUAGAUGCGGGCUUUUGGUGCUUGCGAAUGUGAUAGAGGGAAUCGUAGCAUGUGUAGUGCUCAAAGUACCUAAUUUAGCAUCUUGUCAUGAUGAUGGAUUGGGUCUUGAUCUCGUGCUUAUGUUAUUGUAUUGUCGUGGAUGUGGUCGUGGUCGUCGGUGGGAUGAUAUUCGAUUCGAGGGAGUGUGUCUGAUCGUCUGUCUGCGUGCCCUCUCGACUCGACUCGACUGCGUGUGCGAACGGUUCGAUGGAAGUAGCGGGCGUGGUUGCAUGGUUGCGUCGUUGCGUCGUUGCAUCCUUGCAUGGGGGCGCUGUAUCAACAUCUUCACACCAUUUCUCAACUACGCACGGGGGCGGGCUCUCGAGUAUUUAAAUAUGCCAUGCACGGCUAUGGGGAUAUUUAUUAGGCUACAGCUACGGCUUGGUCCCGCCGACGUCGGAAUCGUCGGGGGGCUGAAGUCUGGGGUUGAGAGGUCCAGAGGCGACGCCUCUCGCCUCAGGGUUGGGUUGGGUUGAGAUUUGAGUACAUAUAUGGCCGGAGGGCGCGCGAACGACAUGUCAUGAACACGGAAAUCAAUUUUUGCGAGGGACGCGAUGCGACUUAUUAUUUCAUUAUUUCAUU